GGGUCCCAAAUAUACCCUCAGGGAGUCCAUCAGGAUUUGAGGAUCCUGAAGCAGUAGCUGAAGGCUGACUUCUAGAGAAGGAAUUUCACAAGAUCUAAGCAAGGCCUCUGGCAGCCUCACCGCCCAGUACCCAGCGUCAUGACCUGUUUUUGAUGCCCUGCCGUGUGACGGGCAUAGCCCAGGUGCCCGGGAUGCAGAGACGUGGGCUCCACGCCCCCCGGCCUGAGCUGAUGGCACCUGGCACUUGCGCGUCUUCCAGAGAGACCUGCCUGACUUCUAUCUGUCCCCUCUUUGGGGACUCACAGCUGCAAGUGGCGCCCCUUCUUUCCCCGCACCUCCCUGUUGUGCGGCCUGGGCCCAUCUUCUCAUUUCCCCAAGUUCCCAAGCAUGUUGGAAGUAGAAAAAGUCAGGAAGCCCCCCAAGAGGCAGACACCUUCAGGAUCGGCGGGGCAGGGGCUGCCUGUGUGCGCCGACUCCUCCGUGACCAGACCCAGGAGCCCAGCUGCGUCCCUGGCUUCUCCUGGCUCCAAGUUUAAAACCAGAGCCACCAAUACCUCUCACGGACUUGGCUGGGGUGCUGAGGGGCGCCUGCCGAAGACCGAGGUCAAACUUGAGUUUGUGGAUCUAGAAGAGAGGGCUGUCAGUGGCCACAGCGAGAUCGAACUGUUUGCCUCCCCGGAGGGGAGUGAGAGGGAUCUGCCCCUACGGAGGAAGAGACCUCACCCCUUCCCCAGUUCCUCGUCCAUCCCUGCACCUGACCGAGUUUUCCUGGAGGCGCAGGAGGAAGGCACCCUGGGCCUGCAUGUCCAUCGAGAGGUGAGCGAAGCCUGCUCCCCGGGGAGGCCCGGUCUGCACCCAGCUGCCUCCCGUGAAAAGUGCCAGGCCAGCCCUGGGCGGAGUAAGCCAAAGGGAGACUCUGACCUCUGUAGCCUCAAAUGUGUGCCUGGGCCGGAGCCCACCGGGCAGCCCGGGAAGAAGGUGUCCAAGCAGAAGGCACGUGGGCAGAGGGAGGAGGGGGAGCAGGCAGGAAAGAAGCCGAGGGACCCAGUGCUCGGCUCCGGCCGGUCCCCCUCUACCCCGCCGCGGCUCCAGUCAGCCGGCGCGGACCGGCCAGAGGUGGGCCCGCCCAGCGAGAAAGAGAAGGCAAAGCAAACUGACCUCCUCAUCGCCCAUCUGGCCAGAGAGGUGCGACGCCUCAAGAGGUGGAAGAAGAGACACUUGCUUGCGGCCGUUGGGGACAAGUCACUGCUGGGGAGCCUCCAGAAGCCACCCUGCCUGAAGAAGCUGGUCAGGACUCUCAAAGCGGAGACCAAGGGCUGGGCGUCUCCCGGGCAGCCCCCCAGCCCCCCGGACACCACGGGUCACAAGGGCGCGGCCGAUCUCCGACGGUUCUUUACCAUUGACUGCAAGAACGCCUGCCGGGUCACCUGCACUCUGUGUCAUGCCAGCGUCAGGCAGGGCAAAUUUAAGGGGCAUUUCCGAACCUCAGGCCUGGUCUGUCACUUGGUGAGUAAGCACGGACUAGAGAGAGAGGGGAGGCAAACUGCAGCCAGCCCGGGGGAGAUGCGGGGAGGUGCCCCAGAGAAAAAGCACAGGGGCCCACCCUCACAGACCACUGGCCUCGCCCCCCAGGGGCUGCCGUCACCAGGACACCACGCAGAAGCCUCCCCCCUGGUGGACGGUGACAGGCAGCUGGCCGCAGGCGGGCCUGAGCAGCUGUCACCGGCUCCACCGCUCUUGCCUCCUUCCCACCAAGAUGAACCAGCCAGUUGCCCGCUGGCGGUCGGGGAGGGCAGGGGUGGCUCAUCUGCCCUCCGCCAGCCCCGGGCUCAGGCCUGGACCCAGAGCAUCGCCGAGUUGCUCUGCAGCCUGGCGUUGCCGCUGUCUUUUGUUUCAUCGCCGCCUUUCAGAAGGUUUAUGGCCCAGGUUGACCCUAGCUACCACGUGCCGCCUCCAGCCUUCUUCUCCGGAAGAGCCCUGCCUCUGCUCCGGGAGGCCGUCGGUGCGCACGUGUGUCGGGAGAUGCAGUGGGCCAAGGGCAGCUGCGCCCACCUCACCAUGUCCGCCGCUGCCCAGGACGCGGUGGUGGACUACGUGGCUGUCACCGCCCACUGGGGAGCAGUACGGCCGGGAAGCCGGCAGGUGGCGUCGGGGAGCCUGAGAAAGCAGGCCGUGUUGUGGGUUCGAGGCCUGCCCCGGGAGAGCUCUCUGGAGGAGCGGCAGCGGGCACUGCGGGAGCAGGUGGGCCUGUGGCUCAGCCGCAGCUCCCUGCAGCCGGGCUUCCUGGUGGCAGGCGGCUGCCCCAGCCUGGAGCAGGCAGCAAGGACAGAGGGCUACACCCCCCUCCCCUGCUUCGCCCACUGUCUCGACUCCCUGGUCAGGAGCUUCCUGUGUCACCACCAAAGCGUCCAGCUCAUCCUGGGGACGGUCCAGGCCAUCUGCGGCCAUUUCCAGGGCUCUGCGGAGGCCCGGCAGCUCCUCGGCCAGCUGCAGCAGCAGUGUGGCCUCCCGGCCCAGCAGCCCUUCUGGGAGCUCUCGGACCACUGGGUGUCCGCCUGCUGCUUGCUGGAGUGGCUGGUGGAGCAGCAGCAGCCGCUGCAGGAGUACGAGAAGAAACACCAGCUGGGCAAGGCUGGGACGGCCCUGUCCGCUACGUUCUGGAGCCUGACGCACAGUCUGGUCACGCUCCUGCAGCCCUUCCGGGUGGCAGUCCAGGAGGCGAGCGCCGCGCAGGCUUCACUAAGCCAGGUGCUGCCCCAGCUGCGCUACCUGCAUAUCUUCCUGGAGCAGGUUAGCAGGCAUUUCGAGGACCAGGGCAGCGGGGAGGCAGGGGCGGCUGUCCGCCUGGCCAAGGGCUUGGCCCUGCAGCUCUCCACAGACUGCCAGCUCGACGAGCUCUUCCACCGCAAGGAGUUUGUGCUGGCGACCCUCCUGGACCCCCGCUUCAAGGGCAAGAUGGAGUCCAUCCUGCCCGCAGGGGCUGACAUUGACCACUGGAAGCAGGUGCUUGUGUACAAGGUGAAGGAGGUCAUGGUGUCUGACUACUCCCUGCCUCCCUCGCCCUCCCUGCACAGCCCCAGGGCAAGUCAUGCAGGUCCCACGCCAAGUGGCCGCCGCGUGGCCAGGAGUCUCAGGGCUGAGCGGAAGGGCCAGGAAGUGCCUGUGUGGGGAGGCGGUGGCCCCGGGUGUCUGAUGCUGGGCCAGAGGGAGAAGAGCUUGCUGGAGCAGCUGGAGAGCGUGGGGCUGCUGGCGUCCGAGAGAAGCGGAGCCUCGCUGUCCACCGAGAGCCAUCUGGCCAGUGUCAUCGUCAAGAAGUACCUGCGUGAGAAUGAGACAAUUGGCGCCCAGGAAGACCCGCUAGUUUACUGGGAGAAGAGGCAGGAGGUCUGGCCGGCUCUGGCGAGACUGGCCACUGUCUACCUGUCCUGUCCCCCGACAGCGGCCUUCUCCGGAAGCGUCUGUGCCUCCCUGGGCAGCCCUGCGCUUGCGGAGCACGGCGCCCCUCUCCCGGUGGCGACCAUAGAGCACCUCCUCUUCCUGAAGACCAACCUGGAGAGUUUCCCCGACUACCCCGCCCCUGCCCUCAUCUUCCCCAGGGGAGACCCGGCCGAGGCGGGGGAGAACAGCGAGGCUGACCUCGUCUGACGCCCUGAAAGUCUGCCUGUGGGAAGUGUGUCUGGCCUCAGAGAGGAGGCCACAAUUCCGCACCCUAGGGCAUUAGACAGAGAUGGCCGGAGUCCUCACCUGUUUGGAGGGAAGAGGGACAGGUUCUCGGUUCUUGACACCUUGCCUUCCCGCCACUCCCCUCCCCCACCAGGGUGAUGUCAUUUUCCAUCCACCAUUGCUUAAUUUAUUUCUAGUAGUUUGUGCACAGAAAAGGUUAACUCUGUCCAAAAGUGACUGUAAGCUGUACCGCACAGCCAGCCCGAGCCUGGCGAGCUGUGGACGCUGUUUCCAGAGCUCCUUUCACUGGAGAGGAAAGAAACCCUGAGACAGAGUAGCCAUUUUAGGAGGGCAGUGUACGAGCACGCAGGCGACAGUCUUCUUGGGGCCUGUAGCUUCUCCUGGGCCCAGAGGGGCCAGAAGCCCCUACCUCACGGGGCUGCCCCGCUAGUGAGGAAGAAUGAAUCGAGCACAGCUGAUGUGCCCAGGGGUCAAAACAUCACCGGCACGUUGUUUCCAGACCAGUGGAGACCUCGAGGCCCCUUCCUCUCUAGAUGAACGCAGUCUCGCUCAGAAAGGUCUUCGCGGCCUGCCCCGGCCCUAGGGAGCUACGUUUCUGUCCCUCCUGCAGCACUCCCCCCUCUCCCUGGUCACUUGUAAAGGGCAGAUUCCCCGCCCCCCACCCGGCCCGGAAGCAGGACCCAGUGUUAUCAGACCCACCGGUGCCAGCCUGCCCAGCACCCUGUCAGGACAGGGUGCGAGUGCACCAGACCGGGAGCUGGUGGCAUUGGGGGAGGAAAGAAAGAAAGGGAGAGGCAGGAGGCACUGGGGCAGGCCUGUCCCACCCCCGCCCCCCGACCCCUUCCCGCACACGACGCAGGGUUGGCCCUCCUGAGGAGCCGGGGGCCCAGGAAAGGUGGCCCUGAGGCAGAAGGUAGGUAGCAGAGAUCAGGCAAAACGCUCCGGGUCUGACUUGCGCUCAGCCUGGCUUUGGGGUGCGUGGGUGUAUGGGGUGUGCCUGGGAGGCCCGUCCCCUCGCCUCCUUUGAAGAGGGUGGCAGUCACUCAGCCUCCUUCACCGUGGGAGAUUUGGGAGUUACUGGGAACGGAAGGAGAGGAGACCAGUUCACUCAGCCUCUGUUAAUACGCAGACAUACUUCCUCUAUUUUCUUUACCUGGGGACCCUACCCUCCGUCGUGUUGAGGAUGCCGUACUUUCGUCAGAAAACUGUAAUUACUGCAUCUUCACCUCCUAAAUAAAGCUUUGUAAACAUG